AGUGUAGCCCCAGGAGUGCCACCUGUCAGUGUCCAUCAAUGCAAGCUGUCAGUGCUCAUCAGUGCCACCUAUCAGUGCCAGUCAGUGCCGCCUAACAGUGCCAUUUAUGAGUGCUGCCUUUUAGUGCCCAUCAGUGAUGCCUGUCAAUGCCCAUCAGUGCCACCUACCAGUGCCUCCUCAUCAGUGCCCAUCAAAGCAGCCCAUCAGUGCCCAUCAAAGCAGCCCAUCAGUGCCCAUCACUGCAGCCUCAUUAGCGCACAUUAGUGAAGGAGAAAAAUCACUUAUUUACAAAAUGUUAUAA